UGGGUAAAGAAAGAAGAUGAUGAUCUUAGAUCAUGCUUGCAAUGUUGUUGAUCAUGGUUGAUCAUUUACUGUUGCAUUGUUGUGUUGAAUCACAUUUGUGAAUUAUACUUCGUUCUUGUCUACUAGUGAGAAUACCAUGCAGCAUUUUUGAACGAAUUGUAAGCAAAUAAGAUAUGAAUAAUAGAUACCCAAUUGAAGACGAUUGAAAUCAUUAUAGAACUUACGAUGGCGCCAACAUUUUGAAACUCGGACCAAGUAAAUGCCAGCUAGGACAUCUUCCAAAUUCAUCAUUAAGCUGACCUCAAAAGUUGGUACUACUGUGAUUCACCCUCAACAAAUAUGUCAACUGUGGAAUCUGAGUGAAAAGGAGGACCUCCUUCACGUCCUUACAAAAUAACCAAUUUAGUCGUCUAUUAGAGACCAGAAGUUACGUAACUUACACAUGAUUAACGGAUAAAAUCUACAUCUCUUAUUGUCUAAUACUGAUCCAGCGAUUCUCCACACAAUAUUUAACUUUAUAUAUACCAGGGCCUCCUCCUUAUUUGAAUGAACACAUAAAAUAAAGGCAAUAAAUAUUAUUCACAAUGGAUGAUUCUAAGAAGGCUUAUACAGAAGAAGAUGAUCAGUUUUAUUUUGAGUCUGAUCAUUUAGCGUUAAGAGGAAAUAAUGACUACUCUUCUUUUUUAAAGACAAUAGUAAUUCUAGAAGCUCAAAGAACACAGGCAAUUGCCGACUUGGACAAACUUAUGCUUUAUCGCUCUCAAGCUGUUAAAGAUCCUAUAUCUUUUGUUGCGAAAUUGCAAAAUGGGGAUCUUCCUGAGCUCCCAGGGCCGCAGUCAAUUGCUGAGAUUCCAGUUAUUGACUGGGCGCAGUACAAUGUAGCUUCGCCAGACAUUAAAGUUAGACCGCAGACGAGGCAUGCAAAUGUUGUCUCUCGUGCAAUGACAAAAACAGAACAGGAUGAUUCCAAGGUACUAGUAAGAGGCCGUGCCUUUGACGAGAGUAAACCUGAGACUUUCAAUCAAUUAUGGACCUCUGAAGAACAGAAACGAUUAGAGCAGCUUUUAAUAGAACAUCCUCCCGAAGAAGUGGAAAUGCGACGCUGGACUAAAAUUGCUAAUGCUCUGGGUAAUAGAACUCCAAAACAAGUAUCAAGUCGUGUUCAAAAGUACUUCAUCAAACUUUUACGGGCGGGCUUGCCAAUUCCGGGGAGAGGGCCAAAAGUAAAGCUUGACACAAGGAGAAGUCUGGGGCACCGGCACCAGAGAAAUAAUCACCUCUUCAAAAAGUCGACAUUCUUUCCACAUCAAGAAAUCUCCUGCAGUGGAAGCGAAGAUUUUAAAGACCAACAACCGCAUGAGGAGUCUGAAGAAGAUAAUGAAAAUGGAAGUGAAGAUGACAAUCCCGAACUAAGGCAAAUAGAACUUCUGCGACAAGUAAAGGCUGAGAAAGAAGACACACAUUGUACUCCAUACGAACAUGUUGGUUAUAAGUGCUCUGUAUGCGGUGAAGAUCCUCUACGAGGUACGCGGUGGCACUGUACAAUGUGUCAAGAUGGUGUGGACUUGUGUGCAGAUUGCGCAGUCGCUCAAUUAGAAACAGAAUCUCCCUCACAUAAUCCUUCUCACAGACUAACUGCGAUUCGGCCUCCGAAUUAUAUCAGAAGCUACGAUUUAGAUUACUUUCCGCAGAAUUUUAGUAACAGCUCCUAUAAUUACCUGGAUCCCAACUUCUUCCCGGAAUAGCCAAAAGUUUUCUUUAUCCCAUUUCUAUGUCCACGCGCAAGUAACAAAUAAUUGUUAUCCUUAAUUGUAGGAUGAAUGUUUCUAUGAUUAUUUCAAUAAUAAAUCACAGUUUCAAUA